AUGCCAUUAGAGGCGGAUGAAAGCCGGAUAGGUGAACAUAGAGGUCGAAGUAAGCACAAAAUGAGCGAAAGCAACCCCCAAUCACCAUCUAAAACCCCCCAAAAACACAGAAAACUAAUCCCUUCCAUCCCGAAAUUCCUCAGCCCAACCAAGAAAAAGGGCAGCCUCGAUUCAACAGCUGGACAGAGAGCUCGUGGGAUCCAGAAGGAUCCUGGAAGUAGGCACCAACACGGUACCACCCCAUACCCAUCUAACACCGCACGUCAAGGAAGAAGCACCACUGAUGAUAGAAAUAGAUCCCCCACCCCGAAUCCGAACACCCGUGGCCACAUCGAAAACCAACACCAUGUGACCCUGUUGGGAUCGGACACAACCGAGGACGUGUUCUCGGGCCGCCCGGAACCCGUGGAGACCAUAACAAUAGAAUCAAUUGAUGAAGACCUGGAGGAGGACAACGAUGACCAGAUGCUCGGUGACCAUGACGACACAAUACAGUACAUUCCCAAUAACAGUUGGAACAGCAUACAGAGCCUAGAGGGACCACAAGCACUCAAGAGAGCCAUAGACGAAGCUCUGGGAUGUGCACACCGACUUAAGACUGACCACCAGGACAUCCCAAGGAUGACUAUCGAGAAAACCCGACAACUACUGAACCUAUUGACAGGGGAACCGAACUACCAACCAGAGAAGAUGGUGAAGGCUCUAGAAACAACACAGAAGAUUGCAGAAUGA